UAAUAUCUGCUGUAACUCUCUCCCUCUUUUCGUUCCCUCCAAAAACCCUAGCGUCAUUCGUCAGCCCGCGGAUCUGACCGCAGCGGAGUGGAAACCCUAGUUUUCAUCCGCCAUGAUUUGCUCCAUCUCCGGCGAAGUGCCGGAAGAGCCAGUGCUCUCGAAGAAGUCGGGGCUUCUGUUCGAACGGCGGCUGAUCGAGCGGCACAUCGCUGAUUAUGGGAAAUGUCCUGUCACGAAGGAGGAUCUCACGAUGGAAGAUAUCUUGCCGGUGAAGACCAACAAGGUAGUCAAGCCUAGACCCUUGCAGGCUGCAAGUAUUCCUGGUUUGCUUGGAAUGUUUCAGAAUGAGUGGGAUGCUUUGAUGCUAUCCAAUUUUGCAUUGGAGCAACAAUUGCAUACAGCAAGGCAGGAGCUCAGUCAUGCAUUGUAUCAGCAUGAUGCGGCAUGUCGUGUUAUAGCCAGAUUGAAAAAGGAAAGGGAUGAGGCGAGAACACUAUUGGCACAGGCUGAGAGACAAAUUCCUCUAUCAACAGCUUCUGCGAAUGCAAAUGCUGUUGUUAGCAAUGGAAAAAGAGCUGCAGAGGAUGAGCUUGGCCCUGACGGAAAGAAAAUUCGUCCUGGUAUUAAUCCAGCAAUCAUUGCUGAACUUACAGACUGUAAUUCUUUACUCUCAGGACAGAGGAAAAAGCGGCAGAUUCCGCCAACAUUGGCAUCCAUUGAUGCAUUGGAAAGAUACACCCAGAUAUCUAGUCAUCCUCUCCAUAAGACUAACAAGCCAGGCAUUUUGUCUACAGACAUCCAUCCCUCCAAGGACAUGAUUGCAACUGGUGGGAUGGAUUCAAAUGCAGUGCUCUUUGACAGGUCAUCCGGUCAGAUCUUGUGCACUCUCACUGGCCACUCUAAGAAGGUGACAAGUGUUAAAUUUGUGCCCCUUGAUGAUAUGUUUGUCACUGGGUCAGCGGAUAAGACAGUUCGUGUUUGGCAAGGAACUGAUGAUGGGAAUUACAAUUGUAGACAUGUCUUAAAGGACCACACUGCAGAGGUCCAAGCAGUUACAGUCCAUGCCACUAACAAAUACUUCGUGACAGCUUCUAUGGACAACACUUGGUGUUUCUAUGAUUUGGGUUCUGGAUCAUGCCUGACGCAGGUGGGCGAAGCUUCUGCAGAGGAGGGUUACACUUCCGCUGCCUUUCAUCCAGAUGGUCUUAUCCUUGGAACUGGCACUUCUGGAUCCCUAGUUAAAAUUUGGGAUGUGAAAUCUCAGUCAAAUGUUGCCAAAUUUGACGGACACUCUGGAUCGGUCACGGCGAUGUCAUUUUCUGAAAAUGGCUAUUAUCUCGCGACUGCAGCCCUCGAUGGAGUUCGGCUUUGGGACCUUCGGAAACUGAAGAACUUCAGAUCUUUUGCUCCUUAUGACCCAGAUACUCCGACGAACUCUGUGGAAUUUGACUUCAGUGGCAGCUAUCUGGCUAUUGCGGGUUCUGAUAUAAGGGUAUACCAAGUUGCCAAUGUAAAGGCUGAAUGGAAUCUUCUCAAGACAUUCCCAGAUUUAUCAGGAACAGGGAAAGUGACAUCCGCAAAGUUUGGUGGAGAUGCGAAAUACUUGGCGGUAGGUUCCAUGGACCGCAACCUGCGUAUCUUCGGCCUUCCAGGGGACGAAAUGGAAGAAUCGAAAUAACCAGUUAAGGAAAUGGAAGGAACCGAGUAAUCGACGAAUAUGAGAUUGCCAAACGAACCAGGCCUCUUGUUCGAGCGGAUCAGUGGACUCAGACCUGUAAAUUAUGAGCCUGCGUGCACCGUAGUUUUGAUCAUUCUGCAUCUCUAAGCAGGAUUCUGAUUCUUGAUACAUGUCGUGAAGAAUGAGUACUUAGCAUGGAGAAGAUAUCCCACCUGUAGCAAAAUUGUGCGGUUGAAUUCAUUUGUUGUUAAAUGUUAAUGAGAGCCACUCCAGGACACACACACAAACCAAUUUAUGCCUAUGUAGGAGGGAUAUUUUUUUUAAGAUACCUGUGUUCCUGUAACUUUUACAAAACUCUGUUUAUUGAUGGCAAGGUGUCUCCAUGUGAUGCUAAUUAUCAGACAUAAACAUUGUAAUGUUGUGAGCCCCCCAAGUCGAGCCUGAUUUAGUUUGAGUCGAACCCGUACCAGAAUUGCCCGGGAAAAAAAAUAUUAAUUUA